UUUGUGAGGGUUCAGCAUCCUCCGGGUGCAGCGGCGGCGGCAGCCCCGGCCCUCCCCCUCUGCAGUAUGCCCGACGCUCAAACGGAAGCAGGCGCUACCAUUUUGAAACACAGCACCGCCUAGCGCCAUGGACAAGAGCCACACAGUGAAGCUCUUUGUGGGCAAUCUGGCGUUGGACACCACCCAGGAGGAGCUGUCGGCCAUCUUCGAACCCUACGGCCAGGUGGUCAGCUGCAGCGUGCUGCGGCAGUUCGCCUUCAUCCACCUGCAGGGCGAGGGCGCUGCGGAGCGCGCCAUCCGGGAGCUCAACGGCCGGGAGUUCCGUGGUCGGAACCUGGUGGUGGAGGAGUCGAGGGGGAGGCCUUUGCACUCCACCAAGGUGUUCGUGGGCAACCUGAGUGGGAUGUGCACCACAGAAGAUCUGCAGCAGUUGUUCCAGACGUUUGGGAAGGUUCUUGAGUGCGACAAGGUCAAAGGCUAUGCCUUCGUUCACAUGGAAAACAAGGAAGACGCACUGCAGGCCAUUGAAGCUCUACACGGCACCUCGUUCAAGGGCCGUCCCCUGUCUGUAGAGCUGUCCAAGGUCCAGCCCAGCAAGCAGGCACCGACAGGGAAGAUCCCCUGUGUUAACUGUGGAAAACAGGGCCACUAUGCAGGAGAAUGUCCUGUGGGGAAGCCGUCUCUGGAGCAGUACCAGAGUCAGGCAGCAGUCUUGGCUGCCGCCGCCGCUGCAGCCGCCGGGCUGCCUCUGCAGGUCCAACAGAGCGUGCACAAUUCAGUCUACAACACCUCCACGUUCGAUCCCACGUACGCAGCUCUUACUGGGAUAACCACGGGCACUCGCACUGAUGGAAACCCAGUGAACCCAGCUGUCUACGGGGCACUUGCCAGUCAGGUGUACGGUGCCAAUGUUGCCAAUCAGCUUUAUGGAACAGUGGCCAGCCAGGCAGCUCUCUCAUCAGGCGCCACCCAAGUGUACAGCUCAAUGACCCCCAAUAUCUACGGCCAGGUGGCGGCGACCCCAGCGGCGGCCGCAGCUGCAGCGGCUGCUGCCUACACAACUCCAGUAUACACCCCAGCAGUGGGCAACCCCCCUGUUUAUCUAGCUGCCGCCCACGGAUUAGAGAUGCAAGCAGCAGCGGUAAACCCCGCCUACUCUGUGGCGCCAGCGUUGUACGGCGCCGCCACCCCUGCCUACGCUCAUAUAAGCGCCAUGGGAGCGACGGACCCGACGACGGCCAUCUUUGAGGCGGCCAGGCAGGCCCACUACUUCUCCCAGGGCCAGCAGGUUGUGGCUGAGCAGCAGACAGCAGCUGCUGCAGCGGCAGCGGCAAAGUCCGGUGAGAGGGACCGGAGUCCCCUGCGGAGAUCGACACCCCUGUUACCGGAUCCCGUCUUGAAGCCCUUUGUGUACCAGAGAGCCAAGCCACGCAGGCCCCUGCUCCCGACGCCAGCUGGGCGAGCAGCCGAGGAGGCGGUUGAGGCUGCAGAGGACCCCAUGGCAAGGUAUUAUGCUGAGUACUACCAGCAGCUGCAGCAGUACCACCAGUUCCAGUAUGCCUACCCACCACAGAACGCGGUGACCCUCCCUGCCAUACCGGGCGUACAGGCCGUGUCGGCCGUACCAGCAGCUGUACCCACGAUGAGCGCCCAACCGGUUGCUACGCUGGAUGCCCUCAGGCCAGUGGUCCCCACUGCCGCAGCAGUGGCAGCCGCAAUGGCUGUGCCCAGGGUGUAUGAGCCGCCGUUGCCGCCGCCCACGCGCAAGGAGGCCAUCCUCCGCCGCCCCGAACUCUCCCUUCACACACCUGAGCCCCCCUUCCGAUAGUCACACACACACCUCUCUGCCCCACCCCACCCCUUUUGCCCCGAACCUGACUCCCCCAACAUCCACUUCCACCCCAAACGUGACCACCUUACUGCAGCUGUAUGCGUGUGUAUGAGAGAAUGUGUGUGUUUGUGCGGGGGGCUCGAAGUGUGUGGCGUAGGGUUUGAAACUGGGGGCUUCUUGGUUUUAUUAACCUGCUCUGUGAGGGACUUUGGUAACUUUGGUCCUGUUUGCACAUGCACAGUGCAGCUAUGAGGGAGGCUCUUAUCUGUGUUCUGGGCAUUCUUUAUCCUUUUCUUUUACUUUUUAUUGUGCCAGUCCUACACCUGUGCCAGUAUUACACUGACCCCGUCAGUUGUGUCACUUGCCUUUACUUUGACAACCAUGUUAUGAUUUUCUAAGGCCAAACCUACAACCAUACCUUGUUUUUCUCCUUGGGCCUAGAUGAUCAGUGAGGGCAGCUAAUUUGAAACCUUUUUGCCUUACGUUGAAGUGUUCAGAUUUUGAUGUGAGCAGAUGGGGAGUCAGAUGAACACACAUCGUGUCCUGGCUGCAGUGCAGUGUGUCCAGCAGAACCAAGGUUGAUGUGUUUGGGGUGGGGAGUUCGUCUUGAAUGUAGAUGUAGAUGUGUCUCUGAGUGAGUGAGAGAGAGAGAGAUAUGUGCGAGCUACUGACCCUGCAGCGCACAAACGAAGCAGCUAAGACUGCACCUUGCAGAAAAACAAAACGUAAAGCACAUAUAAAAUGUACUGUAAUGUUUGGAUCUCCCCUGGAUCGCCAUUUGUUUUACCUCUUCCCCUCCUUUGUUUUAACUGGAGUGCUGAAAGACACUGCUUCACCUCUCUCUCUACCUACAGCUGCCUACCUCGCAGAUCAGAUUUCAGUGUAGAUUGUGUUGUAUUCUAUUUUAAUUCCUCACUUCUCACCCAGUCAGCAGUUCAUUCUGCUUCUUGGAAAGGUACAGGGUCAGCAGUUUAUUGGGAGCUGGAUGUUGAAGACAAUGACUUUUUAUAGAUAGUCUUUUUUUUUAAUUGUUUGUUUUGUUAUGUAGUUUACAUGUAAUAUAAAUCAAAAGGGGGGUGUAAUGAUUGUAACUAUGACAUAACCCUUUGAGUGACUGCUGCAUAUAUAGAUUACCAUACAUACAGUAUGUCCUAUUAGGAGUAUGAGAAUAUUUGACAAGCUCAAUUACGUGCCUAAGCUUUUGAGUGAAGUGCAUUUAAUGGAGGCAUUGCCCAUUUCAAGUGCUUGUGGUAUUACUUUUUAAUCAUUUCAAAGGGGGAUAACGUGAGCCCCCUGCAGCUUAGUGUCCAAACUACAAGCUGGCUCACGGACUGAAAAUUAUGUAUUAGAUUUGCAUUGGUUUGUUUAACAAAAGCCACAAUUUGAGCCUCACAGGUUCACAAGUAUCUGCUGAUGAUUUUAAGCAGAAAUGACAGUGAAAGCACCAGUGAAGUGAGGCAUGGGGCAGUGUCUUCCAGUCGUCCCGACUGUCCUCGACUUUUUUCAAACACCACAAAAACAGACCUGCUUCAGAUUUCAAUUGCAAAAAAAAGUUUGUUUGUUUUUUUUUUUGUUUUUUUUUUUUGCAUCUUGGGUCAGCUUGGCUACGUCAGGAUAGUUUGAUCAGGAUUAAAAACUAGAUCUACAUAUACUCUUUGCACUUAUACUUGAAUAUUUCCUGAGUGGCAAAUUCCACCAAUCUAGUUCUACAAUCAGUAAAAUUUUUUGCAAGGACUAUUUGACAGCGGUCUGAUGCACACACAGACAUACUCACUGAGAUCACCUGACUGCCUCGCUCUUUGCCCCUUCUCCUCCUCUGGUUUUUAGUAGUUAAGAGACCUUUUGCAUCCCACGGUGUAAUCGUUCUGUGUUGUAUAUACAAACACAUACCAGUUGCAUCCUUUGUAGAAAUACGUGGUUUGCGAAUAUUACUUGUUUGCCAUGUUUGAGAUCGUAUUUUUAGAGAAGCGUUUUAGUUUAGACCUUUUUUUUUUUUUAGAAAAAAACAAAUAAAAAAAAUCAGCAUGCUUUUUUUAAAAUAUGUAUACUAUAAAUCUUAUAAUAAAGAAUGUGUGGCUGACUACUGUGGUAAAGACAGCAAGGGUUUGGACAUUUCCCCUUCUUCUUGUUUAUGUUGUUCUUCUCCAUUAUCUGUUUCUCUUGUGUAAAAUGACCACCAGACCCAUUUGACUGGGGACCCAAGGGGAGACAGGUGUAGAUGCUGGCCCUGCUUUGCUCUCUGUGGUCAGGGUAAGUGCAGGUUGGCGCUCCUUUCUCUCUCCAGCCUCUCAAGCAGUGUUGCAGACCAGCAUUUAUGUGAAAGCACUUGCUCUCUGCACUUAAACAAAUAAAUUUCAGUAUUGAGUUCUGACAAGGAAGACUUGAUAUAGUCUUCCUAAAACGGAUUUGAUGCUGAAAGGACAGUGUGAAAUCUCAUUGAGAGCUGGGGAGAGGCACACAGAUAGAAUGGCCUGGGUGCAUUUUGAUCUGUGGAGCAGUCCUGUUGCUUCUUGGGGUUGAUGGGUGUGUGUCUGGUCUGGUCUGGUCUGGUCUCUCCCCGCUGCACCAAAUUCUCCCUUUCCGUGUGUCUUUGUGUCCACUCUAUCAGACUUGCAUGUGUGAUGAUCUGUAACUUUGCCGCAAAAAAAGGGCCCACGACAGUCCAGCUCUGAACUAACUAUCUCAACUGAAUUAGGUCACCGUGCCACCUGGAACGGCCACUGUGCAGCCGUGCGUGAAUGUGGCGGCGUGAGCCAUGGGGACAACUUUUAGUGCGACGCCACCGCAGUGGGAACUUGUUCUCUCUCUCUUCACCACCAAGGUAAAUGAAAACAAAACCAAACUUAAUGAAAGCACUGACCUCUCCUCUCCCCACCUGCCGCCCCUCCUUUGACUGUGCCUUGACCAAACACUCCUCCCCUCUUCCUCUCCUCUGCCAUCACCACCUCCUCUCUCCCCAGUCCGUAGCUCCUUCUCAGCUGCAAUGGCAGUGCCACACCUGCAGCCUUGGGCCUCUCCUCAUUAGGGGUGGGUGGGUGGGGCUAAGACGUCCUCAACAAACUGAGUCCUGUCAUCAGUGUACAAGGCGACUGACUGUGCUGAUGUGUCGUGCUGGUCUGAUCAAGUGAAUAAAGAGUCGCGUGUGUGUGUGAGUGUCGAACAAACGUGAGCAUGGAUGUUUGAAGAACUGUUGAUCGUGUGUUUCAUUGAAUAGUAAGACUUGGCACAUAUGGAUACACCCCCACCCCUUCCCUGCCCGCUAGUAAACUCCUCUCCACCGCCGUAUUCGCCGCCCUCAACACCCCUCCCACUCCCUCCCUCCCUCCCUCCCUCCCUGCCUUACCUUCUUCCUCCCCCAUCCAAAUGUCCCGCUUCACCUCUCUUCUCCGCCGUUCACGCACACAAACGCUUAUUCCGCCGCCACCGCCGUUGCCACCUUGGAUCUGGGUUUGUGGCUCUGGCUCGGACUCAACUUCCCAGAACCACCCACCUGACCCAACCUCCCCAUCCUCCUUUGUUACCGUAGAGGCCUGGGCUUGCCAAUGGACAUUGUGUGUGUGGUGGCCCGCCGUCGGACUUAGUAACAUGACACAGCAAGACUUCAAUGUUGGACAAGCUGCUUUGCUAAAACUGUUGAAUGCUGGGUUUGCUCCACACGGCUGUUGGAAGGGAUCUUAUGUCAUGUUCCUCAAAAGAACUUUAGCUUCAGUACAUUCAAAAUGACAAACCAACCUCCUGCUCUCAUUGUGAUAAGAGUUAUCUGACCUUUGUGUCCCUAACAGCCUGUGUGCCAAUCAGAAACAUCCUAUAAGAUGGGCCUAGGUACGAGGCCAGUCUGACCUGUAGAUUCUCCCCAAUCUCAGGGUUCCUAUAGGACUUUUCUGGUACGGCAGCUCUACACUAUUCCUUCUAUACUGGAAUCAGCUGGACUGGCUGGAAAUGUGCUCUAACAUGUAUGUGUUGCUAUAUGUUAAGAUGUGUCCAUGUGCUGAAGUAGAGAACUUAACCCUCACACACAAUCCCACACUUGUUGGCUUUAAAGGAUAUGAAAUGAGUUGUCCGAUAUUUGCUCUGACAGCUGCAAGAUGGAGUCGAGACAAAGAGGCCGUUGCUUUCUGUCUGCCUAACAAACAGAAGGGACGACGAAGGAGGGAAAUGAAUAGAUGAGUUGAGUACAAGGUGAGUCGGUUGUGGAGGCUGUCCCCUGACCUCACCUUCCUGAUCUUGGAGGGGCCUGUUGUCGAUUGUUAUAUUUGUUUAGACUGAUCUGGAUCGGUUUGUACAUGGCAUUGAACUGUCACGAUAAUGCUGCCUAGUCUCUGCACAACAUCCUUGUUUAUUCCAAUGUAGAAUUCCAGAACUGAUUAUAGAAAGUUGACCAAACAGCACCCAGAAACACGGAAAGUCUAAUUUCAACAUCGUCAAAUUUGUGCACAUCUGAGGAAAAGCCAGUUUAAUGAACUGUGCGGCAGAGCCUCCAUGAUCAGGGUGCGCAGAGCUCCAGUUUUUAUUUUUCUCCCCACUCCCCCUACUCCUUACUGAAGGCUUCUUUAGGCGCUUGCGAAUCUGGGCAUCCCAUGCUUGGGUGAAUGCAGCCACGCAGCUCCAACCCCCUGCUCCGAAUUCCCAGUCACACUGAACUCGCUGCAGCCUCUUCCCCACUUCCUCACCAACUCUCCUGCCUUCUGUGCUUUGGACAGUUUCUCAGUAAUCCAGAUGCUCUUUGAUAGGAUCCAGCAGGUUACAUCUGCUUUCUUGCAGCAGGUAACUGCUGAGAUGCACAAGUGUGUGUGUGCAUUCAGAAUGCAGUCUACUUCAGUUAGGUGUUGUGAUAAAUACGUUUUGAGCACAACCCAUAUAGACCAUAUUGCCUUUGAGUUUGCAAGUUGAGAUUCAUUAAUGUCAUCAGAACUGUUCUAGUUCUUACAGCACAAAUGAAAAUCAAAUAAUAGACUGUACUCAUGCUCCUGUCAGUCAUUACCUGAGCUCCAGGGGAAGGACAUAAAAUGAACCCCUGCAGGAUAGAAUACAGUUCAAUCGUUAGAAGGCUAAUGUUCAGUUUCACCUGCCUGCAUAUAUUUAACAUUGUUAAUUCAGCAUCAUUUUUCGGGUUUUUCUUUAUGUUUACAGUGAUCAACUGUAAACUUAGCUCAGUAGUAGCACAGUAACGUCUCCAACGGUAACCACAAAUAGUCGCACAGUAGUUAAGAAACUUAAAGUAGGUAAAUGGACCAAGUCGACUGUAGUUACAUUAAAAUGCCUGAUUAAUUAUAAUACAAGUGAUUCUAGUUUCCAAAGACAAGGGUGACAGAUUAGUAUGCCAUCCAAAGAGAAUAGCAAUGUGGAUCUGUUCAUUUCAAGGACAUUUGUUCCAGCACAAAACUUAAUGGGAUGGGGGGUAGUUGGUGAAUGUUAGAUACAAUGUUUGCGUCAACAUGUUUACUGUGAAUGACAAAUUCUGAUAUAAACAAAUAAUACUGUAUGGUUGUGUAUGCAUAUUCACAUUUUAAUCUGUAUUUCUUAAACUGUCUAGGCAUUUUUCAGUCUGCAUGCAACCAUUAAUAAAAUCAGUUUUAUAUCA